GAGAAAAGGCCAGAUGAUGCUCUGACUAGACCAUUGAUUUGGGGCCAAGUAUAGAACCAUUGUGGCAUAUAUAUACGUAUGUUGCUCUUUUUGAACACAAGAAGGGUGUAAUAGAAAACAAAAUUUCGGUUUUCUUGAUUGAAGCUUCAAAGGCCAUGGCUUCUGGGGCGGGCAAAUCAGCAGCAUUUGGCCUUUUAGUUCUUAAUGUCAUACUUUAUUUCAUUGUUGCAGCAACUUCAGGAUGGGCAGUAAAUCAUGGAAUUCAAAGAGCUCGUGAAACAGCAUCUGCUCUGACAAUCCCAGCUCGGAUAUUUCCAAUAUACUUUCCAUUUGGGAACAUGGCAACUGGUUUCCUGAUCAUUUUCUCCCUCAUUGCUGGUGUUGUGGGAUUUAUCACCUCAAUUGCUGGGAUCCAGAGUGUGAUCCAAUGGAACCUUCCUAACUUACAUGCAGCUGCUGCCUCCUCUCUGAUGACUUGGUUACUCACGCUGCUUGCCAUGGGGUUGGCUUGCAAGGAGAUUCACAAAGGCUGGACAGAAUCAAAUUUGAGGACCUUGGAGGUCAUAUUGAUAAUUCUGAGUGGGACACAAUUGUUCUGCACCGGGGCAAUCCAUGCUGGGGUUGAAGACCUUGUUGCACGUGAGAGGAUUAUCAGAGGACGUGUCUGAUCUUCUCAAUUCGAAUCAGAAUUACAUUAAUGAAGUGAAGGAUUUACAAAUUUGUCUUGUUUAUCCAUAAUUCUCUUUCUGUUGAUUUGGCGUGCCUGAUUUUGUGAAAAACAGGUGUAAUGAAGUACAUGUUAAUAUUGGACCGAAAUAACUGGUCUGAAGUUCAUCUGAA